AUGGUUCAAUCAUCCGUCUUGGGUUUCCCCCGUAUCGGCGCUCAAAGAGAGUUGAAGAAGAUCACCGAGGCCUACUGGUCCAAGAAGGCUUCUGUCGAAGAAUUGUUGGCCAAGGGUAAGGAGAUCAGAGCCCACAACUGGAAGUUGCAGCAAGCCGCUGGUGUCGAUGUCAUCGCCUCCAACGACUUCUCCUUCUACGACCAGGUCUUGGACUUGUCCCUUCUCUUCAACGUCAUUCCAGACAGAUACACCAAGUUCGACUUGGCUCCUAUCGAUGUUUUGUUUGCCAUGGGUAGAGGUUUGCAAAGAAAGGCCACCGAGACCGAGGCUGCUGUCGACGUCACUGCCUUGGAGAUGGUCAAGUGGUUCGACUCCAACUACCAUUAUGUCAGACCAACCUUCUCCCACUCCACCGAGUUCAAGUUGAACUCCGCUGCCGGCUUGAAGCCAGUCGUUGAGUACUUGGAGGCUAAGGAGUUGGGUGUUGAGACCAGACCUGUUGUCGUUGGUCCUAUCUCUUACUUGUACUUGGGUAAGGCUGACAAGGACUCCUUGGACUUGGACCCAAUCUCUUUGUUGGACAAGUUCUUACCUGUCUACAAGUCUUUGCUUGCUGAGUUGUACUCUGCUGGUGCCAAGACCGUCCAAAUCGACGAGCCAAUCCUCGUCUUGGACUUGCCAGAGAACGUCCAAAAGUUGUACAAGGGUGCUUUCGAGCAAUUGACCGGUGAGGGCUUGCCAGAGAUCGUGUUGACCACAUACUUCGGUGACGUCAGACCAAACUUGUCUGCUAUCAAGAACUUGCCAGUUUCUGGUUUGCACUUCGACUUCGCCAGAGCCCCAGAGCAAUUCGACGAGGUUGUCGCCGCUGUCUCCGACUCUCAAACUUUGUCUGUCGGUGUCGUUGACGGUAGAAACAUCUGGAAGACUGACUACACCAAGGCUUCCGCUCUUGUCAACAAGGCUAUUGAGAAGUUGGGCAAGGACAGAGUUGUCGUUGCUACCUCCUCUUCUUUGUUGCACACCCCAGUUGACUUGGCCAACGAGUCCAAGUUGGACCCUGUCAUCGCUGACUGGUUCCAAUUCGCCACCCAAAAGUUGGACGCUGUCGUUGCCAUUGCUAAGGACGUUUCCGGUGAGGAUGUUGCUGACUUGUACGCUGCUAACGCUAAGUCCAUCAAGGCCAGACAAGAGUCUUCCAUCACCACCAACCCAGAGGUUCAAAAGAGAAUGGCUACCAUCAACGAGUCUUUGUCUACCAGAUCCUCUCCAUUCCCAGAGAGAUUGGCUGCUCAAAAGGAGAAGUACAACUUGCCUUUGUUCCCAACCACCACCAUCGGUUCUUUCCCUCAAACCAAGGACAUCAGAAUCAACAGAAACAAGUUCACCAAGGGUACCAUCACCAAGGAGGAGUACGAGCAAUUCAUCAACCAAGAGAUUGAGACUGUCAUCAGAUUCCAAGAGGAGAUCGGUUUGGAUGUCCUUGUCCACGGUGAGCCAGAGAGAAACGACAUGGUUCAAUACUUCGGUGAGCAAUUGCAAGGUUACGCCUUCACCACCAACGGUUGGGUUCAAUCUUACGGUUCCAGAUACGUCAGACCACCUAUUAUUGUUGGUGACGUCUCUAGACCAAAGGCUAUGUCCGUCAAGGAGUCUGUUUACGCUCAAUCCUUGACCAAGUUGCCAGUUAAGGGUAUGUUGACUGGUCCUGUCACCUGUCUCAGAUGGUCUUUCCCAAGAGACGAUGUCUCCCAAAAGGUCCAAUCCUUGCAAUUGGGUUUGGCUUUGAGAGAUGAGGUCCAAGACUUGGAGGCUGCUGGUAUCACUGUCAUUCAAGUCGACGAGCCAGCUAUCAGAGAGGGUUUGCCAUUGAGAUCUGGUCAAGAGAGAUCCGACUACUUGAACUGGGCUGCUCAAUCUUUCAGAGUUGCUACUUCCGGUGUCGUUAACUCCACCCAGAUCCACUCUCACUUCUGUUACUCUGACUUGGACCCUAACCACAUCAAGGCUUUGGACGCUGAUGUUGUCUCUAUUGAGUUCUCCAAGAAGGACGACGCCAACUACAUCAGAGAGUUCUCCGACUACCCUAACCACAUUGGUUUGGGUUUGUUCGACAUCCACUCCCCAAGAAUCCCAUCUAAGGAGGAGUUUGUCACCAGAAUCGAGGAGAUCUUGAAGGUGUACCCAGCUGACAAGUUCUGGGUCAACCCUGACUGUGGUUUGAAGACCAGAGGCUGGGAAGAGACCAAGGCUUCUUUGACCAACAUGGUUGACGCUGCCAAGGAAUUCAGAGCCAAGUACUAA